GUCCCCGGCUCCGCCAUGGCGGGCGGGCCGGAGCGCGGAAGCGGCUCAGCCCUCCCCGUCGCCAUAGAAACCGCGAGCCGGCUGCGCCCGCCGGCCCAAUGGGGAGGCGAGAGGGGCGGUGGCGUCCCACCCCCUCGGCGCCGGAAGGGGCGUGUCGGCGGCGCCGGAAGCGGGGCCGCAGCGCCGCAGGGUGUGUGUGCGUGCGCCGAGCGGCCGCCGCGCUCCGAGUCGCCUCGCCCGCCGGGAUCCAGGCCGCGGUGCCGCCGCCCCGCCAGGAGAGCCAUGGACAAAAGCGAGCUGGUACAGAAAGCCAAGCUGGCUGAACAGGCUGAGCGUUACGAUGACAUGGCUGCUGCCAUGAAGGCUGUCACUGAGCAGGGACACGAACUGUCCAACGAAGAAAGGAACCUACUUUCCGUUGCCUACAAGAACGUGGUUGGUGCCCGUCGCUCGUCCUGGCGUGUCAUUUCCAGCAUUGAACAGAAAACAGAGAGGAAUGAGAAGAAACAGCAGAUGGGAAGAGAAUAUCGUGAGAAAAUUGAGGCUGAAUUGCAGGAUAUCUGCAAUGAUGUUCUGGAACUCCUGGAUAAAUACCUUAUUGUCAAUGCCACGCAGCCAGAAAGCAAGGUCUUCUAUUUGAAAAUGAAAGGCGAUUACUACAGAUACCUCUCAGAGGUGGCAUCUGGGGACAAUAAGCAAACAACAGUAGCGAACUCUCAGCAAGCUUACCAGGAGGCGUUUGAAAUUAGCAAGAAAGAGAUGCAGCCAACACACCCCAUUCGACUUGGUUUGGCUCUAAAUUUCUCUGUCUUCUACUAUGAGAUACUAAAUUCUCCUGAAAAAGCCUGUAACCUGGCAAAGACGGCAUUUGAUGAAGCGAUAGCAGAGCUGGACACGCUGAAUGAAGAGUCGUACAAAGACAGCACCCUCAUCAUGCAGCUGCUUAGGGACAACCUCACUCUAUGGACGUCGGAAAACCAGGGAGAUGAAGGGGACGCUGGGGAGGGAGAGAACUAAUGGCUGUCACGCUUCACUAUAUGUUCAAUGUCACCCUGUAUCCUACACAUAUAUCCCUUUGUGCGACAAGCAAAAAGAAUAGUACAUCGACUUUCACAACCUCAGCGUAGCAAAAACUGUCUGUGGGGUAAAAACGGUUGGUUGGUGUUUUGUGUACUUAAAGCGGAGGUCGGUUAUUAUAAUGGCAUUCCGAACUUUCCUAUUAUGAACAUUGACAGUUACGAUUACCGUGUUUAUAUUUUUAACUGAACACUGUGAUUAUGGGUUUUGUGAUUGCAAUUGACUUUACAAAACUCUUAUUGGUAGAAAAGUAGACAUCAAUUAUGUAACUCCGGCGAGCUUAAUUUGGCACCAAAAUAGUCGAAGUACAAUUCUCUUGUAAAGUUGUACAGAAAGUUAUAGAGAUUCUAUUGUCACACUGGGGCAUGGAAGGAAAACAAUCUGAUGUAUGGCAUUCCAGUUAGUAACACUGCUAUGAAUUAGUUUUCCAGGCACACUGUAGACGUUUGUAACCAAGUCUGAGGCACCGCUUUCAGUCAAAAGCUCACUUUGUCAAUCCUGUCUUUCUGGAGAUGGGGUUUGUUUGGGGGAGGAGGGUAACGACGGAGUUAGCAGCUUGAUUCCCAAAUUCUUUAUGCUGGCAGCUAACUGGGAUUUGACUUCUAAAAGUGCUUUCAUGCUCAUACACCAUGCAUGACUUAGGCCCCUUCCCACAGCAAUAACGUACCUAAUUAUACCUUAGAUAUUCUUCAGUAGUGAGAAUUCUUGGUUCACUACCAUGGACUUGCAAUAGGAGAAGAUUCAAUUUUUUGAAUGGCCUUAUUAGUUUGGAUGAUACCAUGAAGUGAUCUGCCACUUUUGCAUUACUUUCAUCUUAGCUGAGUCGAAAUCUCCGUGGUAUUACCAUUUUGAAUUUAUCCUGAAAACUUAAGUAAAUCCACUGAACCAUCUUUAAGUUCACUUUAUAGAAAUUUUUACCCCAUUGGACUCAGUUCACCCUCGACCCUCUCGCCUGUUUGAGCUCCAUUAAAGCAAUUUUGGACUCCCGCGUACGCGUCGCCCUUCCCUUGAUAAUGGGUGAUGUCAGGGUGGUGGGCAGACCUGAGUCUGCUCGAGGACAGGUUUCCUUGGAUGCUUGAGAGCUGCUGGUGCUGUUGCAUUCUUCAGCUCUUCUUGGUAGUAUCAGGAUCUGGCUCAAAUAUUCAGGAUUUCCCCUUUAUUGUACUGGAAUGCAGACCUACACAUUUGUAACGCUUGUAAUAUUUGAGCUCCAAACACCCUCACCUAGUUGUGUUUCAAACAUGUCCCAUUAAAUAAAACCUAAUAAGAGUUGCGUGAAUAAUGCAGUGGAAAAGAUUAGGAAUAGUCACCUCUCAGUCUCGCGGUAUCAUCCCCCUGCCUUCACAUUCCACUUAGGUAUAGGAUCCAUCUGUUUGUCUGUCCAUCCGUCUGCUGAAGAGAAUUUCAUGCACUGAUUUUAAAACUCCCCUCUACUAGCUGAACAAAUUGUGCAGUUAAUACUUGGCGCUUGAUAAAUGCAGUAGUGAAUGUGGAACCGAGCCUGUCUGUAUAUCUGGUAGCUCUUCGCUUUGUUUUUACUGACCAGUAUUCUGCCUAAAGUUUGCUUCUGUGACGGUUAUAUUGCCUAGCACACACGUGGUUGUGAGAAUAGUAUAGCAAAAAGAAAUACCUGGUUAUUGAUGUACUAGAUUUGUGUAUGUCUUUUAAACAGUUCUAGUUUCACCUUACACAAAAUAAUCAGGAAAGUGUAAAAGAAUUCAAAAGUGAAUAAUAAAACAAAAUUUUAUCA